AUGGUUAUUGAACUUGUUGUAAAUCCGAGUCCUAUGCAUCUUUGGUUAUUAAUCUUUGACUCAAGUUGUCCUUUCAUAGAUCCUGAAUUUAACUGUAAAAAGUAUGGCAGACCUGAUAACCUUUACCUAAGGUAUAGAUGGAAACCAACUUCUUGUGAUAUUCCGAGGUUUAAUGGGUUAGAUUUCUUGAGGAGAUGGAGAGGGAAGAAAAUAAUGUUUGUUGGUGAUUCACUGAGUCUGAAUCAAUGGCAGUCAUUAACUUGUUUAAUUCAUGCUUCAACCCCUAAUCUCAAGACUGCUGUUGUAAGGAGAGAUUUUUUAUCUUCGGUUACAUUUCAGGAUUAUGGGGUUUCAGUGAUGUUGUAUCAUACGCCAUACUUGGUAGACAUGGUUAGAGACAAAGUUGGGACAGUUUUGAAGCUCGACUCAAUCCAGGAUGGUGACGCUUGGAGAGGUAUGGAUAUGCUCAUCUUCAAUACAUGGCAUUGGUGGACUCAUAGAGGCAAUAAUCAACCAUGGAACUACAUGCAAGAAGGGACGAAAAAGUACAAAGCCAUGGAUCGUUUGGUUGCAUUUUACAAAGGUUUGAGUACAUGGGCACGAUGGGUAGACCGUAGCAUUGAUCCUUCCAAAACAAAAGUCUUCUUCCAAGGGAUUUCUCCAAUCCAUUAUGAGGGAAGGGAAUGGAAUGAACCAUCGAAAUCCUGUAAAGGCCAAACACAACCAGUAUCAGGAUCAAGUUACCCAGCCGGUUUGCCUGCAGCUGCAUUAGUAGUGAACAAAGUAUUGGCUAGGAUUCGAAAACCAGUGUACUUGCUUGAUGUGACGAUGCUCUCGCAAAUGAGAAAAGAUGCUCACCCAACGGGUUACAAUGGUGAACACAAAGGCACAGAUUGUAGUCAUUGGUGUCUACCUGGUCUGCCUGAUACUUGGAACCAACUCUUAUACGCUGCUCUUCUCCAUUGAGACA